AUGCCCAUAGACCAAGGCAGCCAUCUUCAGAGCCUCUGGAAGAUGCACAUGAGAGACUCCAAGUUGAAAGGCCAAGCAGGCUCCCAACCUCAUCUGGUCAAAGGAACGCUCAAACAGCAGCUGCUUUACUGUCGCGUUGGGAUCGGUUACCAUCUACACAUCUUAUCCAACGGCUCCGUGGGAGGGGUCCAUAAGCCCACUGAGCACUGCAUGUUGAGAGUGUUUGCCAUGAAACGCGGCGUGGUGGGCAUUCAAGGAGUCAAGAGCGGCUUGUACCUCUGCAUGACUGGGGGUGGUAUCGCAUAUGGAGCAGAGAAGUUUUCCGAUGAUUGCCUGUUUAAGGAAAACCUGGAGGAGAACCACUACACCACCUACUCCUCGCUGUCUCAUUCAGGCAUGUACCUGGCUCUGUCCCACAAAGGACAGAUUAAGAAGGGCAACAAGGUCUCACGUCACCAACCCUGCACUCACUUUCUGCCUCGCAGGACAUGA